AUGUCUUCUAUGAUUACCUCUUUGACACCAAAUCAAGUCAACGAUGAGUUGAAUAAAAUGCAAGCCUUCAUUAAGAAGGAAGCUGAAGAAAAAGCUAAAGAAAUUCAAUUAAAAGCUGACCAAGAAUAUGAAAUUGAAAAAACUCAACUUGUUCGUACUGAAACUUCUAAUAUUGACAGUGCUUUUUCUGAUAAGAUGAAGAAAGCCUCUUUAAAACAACAAAUUUCAAAGUCCACUGUCGCCAACAAAAUGCGUUUAAAAAUUUUAAGCUCAAGGGAAGAAUCUUUAGACAAUAUAUUUGAGUUGGCUAAGAAGCAAUUGAAAACUCUAGCUACAGAUGAACCUAAAUACAAGCCAAUUUUAAAGGGGUUGAUUCUUGAAGCUAUGUGUAAAUUACUGGAUUCUAAAAUCAUUAUUCAAGCUACUAAAAGAGACGAAUCCUUAGUAAAAUCUAUGAUUGAUGAGUUGAAGAACGAAUAUAAGACUAUUUCAAAAUCAGAAGAACUACCAGAAAUUACAAUCUCAGAAGAUUAUUUAAAUAAAGAUAUAUCUGGCGGUGCUGUUGUUUCAAACGCUAAUGGUAAAAUUAGCAUCAACAAUACCCUAGAAGAACGUUUAGAAUUAUUAAAUGCUACUGCAUUGCCUGCUAUUAGAUUAGAAAUGUUUGGCCCAUCAGAAUCAAGAAAGUUUUUUGAUUAA